AUGUCGGUCCGGAACCGUGCUAGAGGCAAUGUCAGCAACGACGACGAUGACCAGAUGAGGCGCCUGUGGGAGAACAUCAAGGAGAAGUCGAGGGAUGUCGCUCGGCAGGAGGCCCGCUCAAAUGAACUUGGCUAUGAGAUCAUCGAGGUUGAGGACCAGCAAGCACAAGCAGUCGCCUCCGACAAGCCCCCUUCCACUGCUCUGGAUGAACGCCUCGAGAAGCUCUACCGCGAAAAGAUCAAGCUCUCCGAAGAAAUUCAAAACAUCGUCCAAGGCAACCCCGAGGGCAUGAACCUCCUCGACAGCAUCAAAGUCCUCGCCGCCCUCCGCGAAACCAGCGAGUCCUCCGCCGCCCAAAGCCUCCCCACCAACCCACCACCCCAACGCAACGCAAGCAGCAAGCUCAGCCGUCCCAACAAGCGAACCGCCUCCGGCAAACCCACUUCCGCAUCCACCAUCACCACCUCCCUCGCCCCCGACGACAUGGACCUCGACACCCCCGCCGCCCCCAGCCCCAAAAUCCACCUCAACCCCGGCUCCCGCCUCUCUAAGAACCAACCCUCCCGCGCCGCCUCCGUCUCCGCCACCCGCGAAGCGUCCGUCAAACUCGAAGACGGCGCCGAAAGCGUCGCCAGCAGCACCGACGGCAUCGCCUCCUCCACCGGCGCCGUUGCCGGCAGCAAAACCAGCCUCGGCGGUAGUAGCCGCACCACCAACCGCCUCGUCCUGACCAAAGGCGAAGUUGUCUUCUGCCGGCACUCGCACAUCAUCCCCACCGGCCCUGACGCCACGGAGGGCGAGGGCAUACUCUGCCGUGUCACCGCCGUGAUAGGGGAGGGCAAGCAGCGCCGCUACGAAGUCCAAGACGCCGAUACGCAAGGCGAGCCUCCACCCCCGCAGCGCGCGAGCGUGAGCCAGUUGAUCCAAAUCCCGCCGCAGAACUCCGGACUCCCUGAACUCGCCAAGGGCCGGAACGUGCUGGCGCAGUACCCGGACACGACGACGUUCUACCGCGCGGAGGUGGUGGAGGCGUGGCGCGGCGGGCCGGGGGAGGAGGUCAAGUUGAAGUUUGAAGACGAUGAAGUGCCGCGGCCGGUGGAGCGGCGGUUUGUUCUGACGGAGAAGUAG